CAGUAUGAGUUGGGAGGAGAGCAGAACAAGAUUUUGGCUGUAUUUUCAAAGCUCCCUCACCCAUGUGCACGUGCCCCGAAUCUGGGACCCCGUUCCCCCAACCGGGUUUCCUACGCCUAGCCCAGGAGUUCGCCACCCUGAACCCCCCACCUUGCAACAACGCGGGAUUGAAUGCAGGGGGAAGGGAGGGAGGUGGGGGUGCGCCUCUGGAUGGGAGGUUGAGGGAGAUGACGUAGGGACCGGCGACGUGGGGAGGGGGAGCCGCGGAGGAAGCCGUGGCGAGAUUAAGUAAUGAGAACUUGGGCCCAGUGUUUUCCAAGGCUGGAAGGGCAGAAUAUCUCUAGCCCUCAUGCCGGGAUGGCCGAAGAUGAACCCGAUGCUAAGAGCCCAAAGACUGGGGGAAGGGCCGCCUCAGGUAGUGCUGAGGCAGGAGAACCCACCACCCUUCUUCAGAGGCUCCGAGGUACCAUUUCCAAGGCUGUGCAGAACAAAGUCGAGGGAAUCCUGCAAGAUGUACAGAAAUUCUCAGACAACGACAAGCUGUAUCUCUACCUUCAGCUUCCCUCAGGGCCCAGUACUGGAGACAAAAGCUCAGAGCCAAGUACACUCAGCAAUGAGGAGUACAUGUAUGCCUAUAGGUGGAUACGUAACCACCUAGAAGAGCAUACUGACACCUGUUUGCCAAAGCAAAGUGUUUAUGAUGCCUAUCGGAAGUACUGUGAGAGCCUCGCCUGUUGCCGCCCACUCAGCACAGCCAACUUUGGCAAAAUCAUCAGAGAGAUCUUCCCUGACAUCAAGGCCCGAAGGCUUGGUGGCCGGGGCCAGUCCAAAUAUUGCUACAGUGGCAUACGAAGGAAGACCUUGGUAUCUAUGCCCCCCUUGCCUGGACUUGACCUGAAAGGCUCGGACAGUCCAGAAAUGGGCCCAGAAGUAACCCCAGCACCUCGGGAUGAGCUGGUGGAGGCAGCCUGUGCUCUGACCUGCGACUGGGCAGAACGAAUCCUGAAACGGUCCUUCAGUUCCAUCGUUGAGGUCGCCCGCUUCCUGCUGCAACAGCAUCUCAUCUCUGCCCGAUCUGCACAUGCCCACGUGCUCAAGGCGAUGGGGCUUGCUGAAGACGAUGAACAUGCCCCUCGGGAGCGGUCAUCUAAAUCCAAGAAUGGUGUAGAGAGCCUAGAAGGUGGAGCCCAUAAGAAACCAGAGAGACCAGCCCAGCCUCCUAAGGAGCUGGAACCCCGGGCUGGAGGUGGCCCCCCUGCACGUGGCGAGCGGAAGAAGAGUGUAGUGGAGAGCCCAGCCCCAGCAGCCAAUAACCCACAGGUUAAUGCCCUGGUGGCCCGGCUGCCUCUGCUCCUUCCCCGGGCCCCUCGCUCACUUAUUCAGCCAAUCCGAGUCUCUCCACCCAUCCUGGCCCCCAAGCUUUCUUCAGGCCUGAAAGUGGCUACACUGCCUCUGCCCAGUAGGGCGGGGGGACCCCAGGCAGCUAUGCCCAUCAUUAACAUGAUCUUACCAACCGUUCCUGCUUUGCCUGGACCCGGACCCGGGCCUGGGCAAGCCCUGCCUGGGGCGCUCACUCAGCCGCAGGGCACAGAGAACAGGGAAGUAGGCAUAGGUGGUGACCUGGGACCCCAUGACAAGGGUGUCAAGAGGACAGCUGAAGUACCUGUGAGUGAGGCCAUUGGGCAGGAUCCACCUGCUAAAGCAGCAAAGCAGGAUAUAGAGGAUACAGGAAGUGAUGCCAAAAGAAAACGGGGGCGCCCUCGAAAAAAAUCAGGUGGAAGUAAGGAAAGGAACUGUCCCCCUGACAAGUCAGCACCUGCCAUGGACUCUGCCCAGUCCCCAAGGUUACCACAGGAGACGUGGGCCUCUGGAGGGGAAAGCAACUCAGCUGGAGGGUCAGGGAAGCCAGGACCAGUGGGAGAGGCUGAGAAGGGGAUGGUGCUUGCCCAGGGUCAGGAAGAUGGUGCUGUUUCCAGAGGAGGAAGGGGCCCCAGUUCCCGGCAUGCCAAAGAAGCAGAAGCUAAAAUUCCUCUGGUCACCUCAAAAGUGAGUGUCAUCAAGGGCAGUAGAAGUCAAAAGGAAGCUCUUCAUUUGGUAAAGGGAGAGGUAGACACCGCAGCGCAGGGUAAUAAAGACUUAAAGGGGCAUGUGCUUCAAAAUUCCUUAUUCCACAAGGGGAAAGACCCCAAAGCAACACCCCCAUGAUAGGUAUGUGGGGAAGAGUGUUUAUAUCCACAUUAACUCUACCUGCCUAGUAGAGGUCCCUCUGCACUUGCUUCUCAUUUGGCUUUUCUUUUCCCAAGGGAAUUCAUUCACCUGUACAGACAGCUGAGGCACCCUGUCUUACACAGUGUCCGGCUCCUGCCUCUGACCUUUCCAGCUCAGUACCCUUGGCUUUAGCGUCAUUGAUAAAUCUGUCGUGACUGUCUUACCUGGAUCUCUGUGCUAUCCUGCAGGAAGAUAGGGAUGGAGUAAGUAUGGUGAAUGUAUAGGCUAGGAAUCUUUUGGUUUUAAGUAGUAAAAAAAACCCAACUCAGACUGGCUUAAAAAUAAAGACUGACUGGCUCACAUAACCGGAAAGUCCAGAGGUAGUACUGGCUCCAGGAAAAGCUGAUGCGGUGGCUCAGUGUGUCUCUAAAUACCUGAUGGAUUUCCCCCUGCUGCUACCUUCUGUAGGAUCAUCUUAAACCUGGGCCACCUAGUGGCUGCCAGCACUCCUGGGAGUAGACGUUUUCUCGUUUACACCCAACCAGAAGGGGUGGGGGGCAUCUUUGUGCCAGGCAUCCUAGCAAAGCCUUAAGAUGGACUCUGAUUAGGCCAGCCUGGGUCACAUGCCGAUCCCUAACCAAUCACUGUGCCAGAAGGAUGGUGUAUGCUAAUUCGCUCUUUCUACAUCAGGGAAAGGUUGGAUCACAUAGGUCUCCAAAUGGGAACUGACGCGGGCAGUUCCUGGGGAGGCAGCUGACACCCGGCCAAUACCAGGAAGUACAUGUGGUUUUAGCUUGCUAGGUUGGGAUCAACUACACCUGUUUCCUUUUUCCCUCACCGUCUUGCGUUUUCCUUACUGCAGCUGUAGCCUCUUUCCUCUUGUAGGCGCAGAAGGAAUGAGAGGGAAGUCACUCUCCUUUAGGGACUAUCUCUUUAGUCUCAUUUAGAUGACAGUCCCAUUUCAGAGAUGGAGAUCCUUCCCUUUCCUGUUUCUGAAUGUUGGUUUUCUCAUUCUGCUUCCCUAUCCCCGACCCUACUGCCACUUUCACUAAGUGGAGUGAAAGAUUUACUUCCUAGUCAUUUUAUUAAAUCCAUUCUGUAUCCACCAGGUGUCAGUCUCUUGUCAUACAUGUGUCAGGAUUUCAGCCAGGAUUGUGGGGUUUAGACUAGGUGUGUGGCAGGAGGUAGCUCUGCACAUCCGCAAGCACCAGUAAGAAGGGAACCCAGAUGUUACCCUUUGAAAAGCAGUAAACCAACCAGUAUUUACUGAGGACAUACGUCAUUUUCUGCAUAAGGGUAGCUUCUGUCAGGGAAUCUUGGUUCUGCACAGGAAACAGAUUUUCUUUCAGGGAGACUUCACUCAUUUGUUUCCACCACAGCAGAUUUUUAAAAAUUAUAAUAUGUAAUAUUUGGUAUCUAUAAAGAAUAUAUUUAACAUGAAUAAAUUAUGAAACAUAAUAUUAAAUGAAUACCUUUGACCCAUCGCCCAACUUAUACAUUAAAACAUUAGAAAUACCAUUGAGUUUCUUGUGUUCCUACCCAUUCCUAUCCCACCUGCCUCUCCCUAGAGGUAACCACUGUCCUUAAUUUUAUGUUUAUUAAUUGCCUGCCACACACACACACACACGUGUGUAUAUAUUUAACCAUAUGUGUACAAUAUUCUUUAAAAAUUAUUGUUCAAUUUUGCUUUUUUUAUCUUUACAAAAUUUUUAUGCUCUAAUAGUCCCCUGAAGUUUGCUUCGUUUCACUUAACAUUUCCAAGAUUCAUCUAUGUUGUAAGUAGCUGUAAUUCGUUCAUUUUCACCUGUGUAAUAUUCCAUCAAGUACAUAAUCCACAAGUUAUUUAUGCAUUCACCUAUUAAUGGACAUUUGGGUUGUUUCUAAUUUUUUGCUAUUACAAACAAUGCUGCUAUGAACAUUCUUGUACCUGUGUGCCUUUUUGAAGUAAGAUUUCUAAAAAGGUUUCUAAGAUGGUUCAUUUGGUCUGUACACCCUCUUAUUCUUUGGAAGAGUUGACAUCAGAUUGAAAUGAGCUGUCCCUUGACACUUUGGUAAAACUCAGCUGUCGAACCAUCUUUGCCUGUCUUUUCUUUUUGGGAAAAAUUUUAACCAUCAAUUCAAGUUCUUUAAUAAUUAUAGGUGUCCGGACUUUCUAUUUCUUUUUUUUUUUUUCAUGGCUUAAUAGCUCAUUUAUUUUUAUUUUUUUAAUUUUUUUUUUUAAGAUUUUAUUUAUUUGACAGAGACACAGCGAGAGGGGGAACACAAGCAGGGGGAGUGGGAGAGGGAGAAACAGGAUUCCUGCUGAGCAGGGAGCCCAAUGUGGGGCUCGAUCCCAGGACCAUGGGAUCAUGACCUGAGCCGAAGGCAGACGCGUAAUGACUGAGCCACCCAGGCGCCCCUAUUUUUUUAAUUUUUUAAUUUUUUUAUUUUAUUUUAUGUUAGUCACCAUACAUCAUUAGUUUUUGAUGUAGUGUUCCAUGAUUCAUGUUCCAUGUUUAUGUAUAACACCCAAUGCUCCAUGCAAUACGUGCCCUCCUUAAUACCCAUCACCGGGCUAACCCAUCCCCCUGCCCCCCUCCCCUCUAAAACCCUCAUUUUGUUUCUCAGAGUCCAUAGUCUCUCAUGGUUCAUCUCCCUCUCCAAUUUCCCCCCCUUCAGUUUUCCCUUCCUACUAUCUUCUUUUUUUUUUUUUUUUUAACAUAUAAUGUAUUGUUUGUUUCAGAGGUACAGGUCUGUGAUUCAUCAGUCUUACACAAUUCACAGUGCUCACCAUAGCACAUACCCUCCCCAAUGCCCGUCACUCAGCCCCCCAUCCCUCCCACCCCCCACCACUCCAGCAAUCCUCAGUUUGUUUCCUGAGAUUAAGAAUUCUUUGUAUCAGUGAGGUCAUAUGAUACUUGUCUUUAUCUGAUUGACUUAUUUCACUUAGCGUAAUACCCUCUAGUUCCAGUUGCAAAUGGCAAGAUUUUGGCUUUUUGAUGGCUGUAUAAUAUUCCAUUGUAUAUAUAUACCACAUCUUUAUCCAUUCAUCUGUUGAUGGACAUCUUGGCUCUUUCCAUAGUUUGGCUAUUGUGGACAUUGCUGCUAUGGACUUUCUAUUUCUUUUUGAGUCAAUUUAGGGUAAGUGUUCUAGGAUUUUGUGCAUUUCAUGCCUUUUUUAAUUUUUUAUUAUUAUUUUUUAAAGAUUUUAUUUAUUUCUUUGACAGAGAGAGACACAGCGAGAGAGGGAACACAAGCAGGGGGAGUGGGAGAGGGAGAAGCAGGCUUCCCGCCGAUCAGGGAGCCCGAUGUGGGGCUCGAUCCCAGGACCCUGGGAUCAUGACCUGAGCCGAAGGCAGAUGCUUAACGACUGAGCCACCCAGGCGCCCCAUGCCUUUUUUUUUAAUGAAAUUUUUAUUUUAUUUAUUUAUUUAUUUUUGCCUCUGCUCUCGGUAGUCAUGUCCUUCUUUUCAUUUCUACUGCGUACUUUUACCUUCUUAUUUCCUCCUCAUCAGUUGCACCAGAAGUGUGUUAUUUUACCUGUCUAUGUUGUGCUACUACUUUGGGCUUUGUCAGUCUUCUCACUUAUGUAUUGUUUUCCAUUUCAUUAAUUAUGGAUAUUAUCUAUAAUAUUUCCUUCUGCUUUCUUUAGAUUUAAUUUUAUGUUUUUCCAUAACAUCUUAAAUUUGAUCUAAUUAAUUUUCAAGCUCUGCUUUUCUACUGUAAGUUUUUAAGGACCUGUUUCUCUAUAUUCCCUGAAUUUUUUUUGCUGUAUUUUGAUUAUAACUUAGCCCUAAGAAUAUUUAAAUUGCCUUUAUGACUUUUUUAAAUUUAUGAGUUAUUUAGAAAAGUUUUAUGAAUUUCCAAAUGUCUGGAUAUUUAAAAUUUUAUCUUUUUGAUAUCCAUUUUCAGCUUAAUCAUUUGUGCUCAGAGAUGUGGUACUCUGAUACUAAUUUGAAAUUUGUUGGGAUUGUUAUUUUAUAUUUCUGUGACUUCUCGGUAUCUGAAUGUUUUGUUUUCUGCUCACUCUUGCCUGUGGUAGCUUGUUUCCUAUUUAUUCUCAGUUUGGAGGUUUGGGGCUCAUAUUUUGUUAAACUUAAUCUGUGGGAAUCCAGAGAGCCUAAAUUGGGGGUACUUUCCCCCAGAGAGGAUUUGCAUUUGCUUGUGCCAGGAUCCAAAUGAUGCUCCUGACCUGGAACUGUGUUAGCCCCUCAGGAGUCUCAGUUCAAUCUGUUAGUCCCAGGUUUUCUCCAGUUCCAUGGCUAGGCCCAGGCCUUAGCCUCUUUUCACGAUACUGAUAUUGGCAAACCUGCUGCUCCUGCUGCCUGUUGCUCGUCUUUCAUACAGGUUUCAGCUUAAUGUUAUCUUUUUCUUCCUUUCCUGAUUUCUCUUUCUAAUGCGCCCAGCAAUGUGCUAAACAUUGUUUCUUUUUUUUUUUUUUUAAGAUUUUAUUUAUUUAUUUGAGACAGAGAGAAUGAGAGAGACAGAGAGCACAUGAGAGGGGGGAGGGUCAGAGGGAGAAGCAGGCUCCCCGCCGAGCAGGGAGCCCGAUCCGGGACUUGAUCCAGGGACUCCAAGAUCAUGACCUGAGCCGAAGGCAGUCGCUUAACCAACUGAGCUACCCAGGCGCCCUAAACAUUGUUUCUUGUAAUUUAUCCAGGCUCUACUUGUAUUUUAAUGGGAGAGCCUUUUCUCUUAUCCAGG